AUGGUAAUCGAUGCAGAGCAGAGCUCGCAAGUCAACGCCGAAGAAGAAGAUGCAGCUUUAGAAGAUGCCAAACGGCGACGUAUCCUUCAUGCUCUUUUGGACCUGAUUGCUCUUGAAGGGAUCUACCCUUCUCUUUCGUUUGGAGUAGGCAUUCCUCUCCAACAAAGGGUAAUAUCCGUCCUGCCUGCAGGCGUGAUCGCACAGCAAAACCCCCCUCCACCUGAGAAGCCUCCAGAUAUCCUCCUUCUGGGCCGCAUACUAACGGACUUGUCCGGGAUCAUAUUCGAUGCUCGGCCUAGCAUACAGCCGGUGAUUACUGGCCGGAUCUUGAGCGAUAUUAUAAGUGCAUCAUCGGACCUAGGCUACAAUCCGACCCUCCCAGCUAGCGAAGAGCAGUCUCAAUAUCGGCGAAUCCUUGCCAAAGUCGUUGAAGAGUUUGUCUCCGCAUGCCAUCAUGUUUUGCAUGUACUGACUCUUCCCAGCACGCCAAGUGCUAGUCUGCUGCCGACAUUGUCCGCUUUUCUUCAAUCGAAUCCAACCCCAUGGUUCAAAUCUGUCAUUACGGGUCUCCUCUCAAGGGUACCGUUGCGUAGCAAUGGGGUGCUUCAAACGAUCGUUUUUCUUGCCUCACAAUUUGCCCCAUCAUUAGGCCGUGAAGCUCAGGAGCAAGGGCCCAGUGGUCUGCGAAUCACUGUGAACGCCAUUAUGCACGCUUCGCGGCUGCUUUCUGCUGUUCCGCAGGGCAUGGAAGCCAAUACUUACCUCAAGGUCAUAGGUCCUCAGCUAUUAACCUUGAUUGAUGGUGAUGAUCCAGACUUGCGAAAGGCUGCUGCGUAUAUCAUUGGGAACGGAAUCCUUGGUAAAAAGGCUUAUGGCGCCCCUGGGACAAUCGGGCAUCUGAUUUUUUUGGAUCCAAUUUUCAAGGCUUUGACGGGAACCGCAGAUGCAUCCUCGCGUUGUUACCUUAUACCACCAGAAAGAACUCAGAGACAAGAAUCCAACCAAAUUCUUUCCAGCGAAGCCGAGAUAAUAUUGGCCAUUAACAGACUAAAAGCACUGGUCUUGCAACCGCCUAAUCCUGGACUUGUCAAAAGAGUCGUAUACCCGGUUCUUCUUCCGCUCUGGGGAUUUGCAUGCUUUAGCGCACAACAGCAACUUAAGUCCAUCCAUGAGAACGUUGUGAUUGUCCUGCAGACUUACUUUGGAGUAUCUGCUGGGUUUCCGCCUCUGAAGAAGAUCGUGGACAACUUCCUAUGGACUGGAGGACCUACUUGCGCGUAUGCCUCGGGUUCUCAAAAUGGAAUCCUGCUGAAGAAGCCAAACGGUCCAGGGAUUGGCAGCAACAUAGUUGCCCUUGUCGAUGACCUACAGUCUCGAGCCAAGCUGUUCAUGAGCCUACUGAAUGCUGAUCCGAGUCAUGACGAGCGGACGGGCGAAGUCUUUCUCUAUGUGAGCGAGACGUGGCUUACGCAACACGCGAACAACGCUCGUACACUGGACAAGAUUCGAUUACUUGCAGACAAUGGCGGGUCUGAUAGUAUCAUUCAGAAUCUAAUUAGUGCCAAGCUUGCCGAAACGCUCCUGGACACCUUCAGGGACACUCUUUCACGGCGGCCUCUCAAGGUGCUCCAGCUUAUCAAACAAAUUUUAGAUGGCGAGCUAAGGCAAUUAAUUAGCCAUCAGAACGCAACAAGUCCCGGCCCCACAAAGAUGUCUCUAUCAUCCCUAGCCAACAUCGUUCUCUCAGAGCAAGUCGAGUCAAAUGAAGCUUCAGGGAAUGACUCUGCCGAGUCUUUACAAGUUGUAUUCAGCCUACUCUCGACAAUUCUGGCAUCGCCUGAAUUCUCCAUAUCGAAAGAGACAGGUGAUCUCCUGGCAACUAUCAAAGAGACGCUAGAUCAGCUUCUUCCACAUUUAUCCCAAUCACUAAGCAAAUCUGGGACGACAGCUUCCAUGCUCCUUGAGAUUCAGCUCGACUCUCCAGAAAAUCAGGAGUCAAAAGGGAAAUCAGUCGAAGUCCCUGACUUUGAGAUCCACCGCCGCGCCUUGAUGAACCUCAAUUCAGAGCUUCCGCCGGUACAAGCAGAGGGAUUCUCGCUUCUUUCGGACCUGGUCAAGAGAUCUUCACCGAUUCUUGAUAUACCAUCUACACUUACUCUCCUCUUGUCUAUUAUUACCGACUCUUCAGAGACAGCUGCAAAUGAUGAAUUCAUAUACCUGAACGCAAUCAAACUCAUUGGUACAUUGGCCUCCCGGCAUCCUCGCACCGUGACAACGACCUUAAUCGAACGCUAUAUCGAUAGGAGCGAAAACGCCACACUCGAUCAAAGGCUCAAACUCGGAGAAGCCCUGCUCCGCACAGUGCAAGAUCUUGGCGAAGCCCUCGUUGGCGAAACAGCAAAGGUUCUAGGCGAAGGCCUGAUUUCCGUUGCAGGAAGACGGGCGUCAAAGCCUCAAGCGCAGAAAAGCCGAAAGCAAGCCCUAGAGCAGCAAAGACGGAAAAUGGAACGCGAAGAGCGCCAGAAGCAGAAGGACUCCUCGUCCGGAUGGAGACUAUCGACACCAAAGAUAGCCGAACAAAUUCUAGACAAUGACGACUCCGACUCAGAGACGCCCGAACAAGCGGUCCAUUCGGCAAAUAUCAUCUCUGCUUGGGCAGCCGGCUCAUCUCGCGACGAAGAACCCGACGACCUGCGCGUUCGUGCCUCAGCACUCUCCAUCCUCGCAACGGCCAUCCAAACAAACAUCACAGGGCUUGGCCCGUCAAUUCUAGCAUCGUGCGUUGACCUCGCCCUUGCAACACUGACUCUUGAGCCGGAAGACGAGUGUGCAAUCCUCAGACGCGCCAGCGCUGUCCUCCUCCUCGAUAUCCUCAGAGCCCUUGACGACGCGCGUGAAAAACGCAAGACCCAAGAUAUUGGCAUCGGGUUUACGCUCGCGGACGAAUCAUCUCAUGGUUUGCACCAAGACGUAGCAAGAAGGGGCCCUAGCACUAUAGGAAAUAUUCCCUUUAUGCUGCGCACUCUGGCGGGCGUUGAGGCUCGUGAGACAGACCCUAUUGUCCGUGGGCAUUGUCGGGUUUUGACGGAGAGCUUAGAGGCUUGGAUUGAGAAGUCGCUCUUGUGGGGCGUUGGGCAGUACGCUGGGAAUGGGAGUGAAGAAGACCAGCCGAGAUUAGAGUUAGGUGAUAAAAUUGCUGGGUUGAGGAUUAACCCUAUGGCUGGAAGGGGUGGUCAUGCGGAGAGGCCGAAGAUUGAAGAGAUUGAAUAGUGCGAAGAUGUGAAUUUUGUCUCUUAACACACCUGCUAUAGCAAGCUUUUUGCAUAUUC